GACACCAUUGCUCCCCCCUUCCCUUAUAUAAUAGAGUUAGGACACCAAAAAAAGAAAAAGAAAGAGUAACUACUUAUUUUAAUUAAAAAAAUAAAAAAUGUAAAAAUAAAAAAAGAAACUACCUAAUUGGUUUAAAAAAUAAAAAAAUACAUUACAAAAAGAAAAUCAUCAACAAUUCAAAUAUCCUUAAUUUAUUAAAUAUAAUUAAUAAUUAAUUUAAUUUUCUACAUCUCCUAAAUAAAAUUAAUUUUUUACAUAUUUCCACUGUGCAUAUAAAACUAGUCAUUUGUCAACGAAAUCCUUUUUCUUCUUCUCGUAGGAAAAAAAACCACCACUUUUGCCUUUGAAAAAAUGAAUCUUCAAGCUGUGAGACAGCGACAGCCAACAAAAUGACAAACAAGGAAUCAUUGAAAAUUCAUAGUACUACUACUUAGAUUCCAAAAUGAUUCAGAAAGAAAUCCCAGAUUCCAAAAAUGGUAGAAGAGCAAAAACACCCAUUGUUGCUCCAUCCAAACCCCAACAAUGGAGUUGCUAAUGUUAAUGAAAGAUAUGGAGGAGACAUAUUAUUAGAGAAUAUGAGUGAAACACUUUCCAUUUUUGAUAGAAAAAGAGAGACAUGGGAUGAGCUGAAGAAAGUAUGGCAGAUAGGUGGGCCAUCAAUCUUUUGCCGUCUUGCCAUGUUUUCUCUCACCAUCAUCACUCAAUCAUUGGCUGGCCAUUUAAGUGAUCUUGAUCUUGCUGCUUUCUCCAUUGCAACCACUCUUCUUAUUGCCAUAAGCUUUGGCUUCUUGAUAGGAAUGUCAACCGCAUUGGAGACAUUAUGUGGGCAAGCCUAUGGUGCUAGACAACACCACAUGUUAGGCAUCUACAUGCAACGUUCCUGUGUAGUUCUCUUUCUUUGCGCCAUUCUUUUGCUUCCCAUGUUCAUAUUUGCGGCACCUCUACUGAAGAUCCUAGGCCAAUCAGCUGAAGUGGCAGAACGAACUGGCUUAGUGGCAAGAUGGUUGAUCCCCAUGCACCUCAGCUUUGUAUUUCAGUUCUCAUUUCAGAGAUUCUUACAGAGCCAACUUAAAACGGCUAUCAUUGCUUGGUCCUCUGCUGUAUCUUUGGCAGUUCAUGCGAUUAUUAGCUGGAUUUUUGUUUAUAAGCUCGGCGUUGGCAUAGUAGGCACUGCCCUUACUCUUGAUUUUUCCUGGUGGCUCUCAGUUUUCAUAUUUUAUGGGUAUGUGGUUUAUGGCGGGUGUCCUAAGACAUGGAAUGGUUUCUCAUGGCAAGCUUUUACUGAAUUGUGGGACUUCUUCAAGCUUGCCUUGGCUUCUGGUGUCAUGGUCUUGUUGGAGAAUGUCUAUUAUCGGUUGCUUGUAAUAGCAUCUGGGGAUGCUGGAAGUUCACAUGCUGCUGUUGAUGCUCUCUCCAUAUGUGUGACUUUGUUUGGCUGGGAGUCCAUGGUUCCACUAGGAAUACUUGCUGCCACUGGUGUGCGAGUAGCCAUUGAGUUGGGGGCUGGAAAUGUUGGUGGGGCCAAGUUUGCAGCUAAAGUGUGCAUGCUGACAUCUUCAGUCAUUGGACUGAUAUUCUUCGCACUGGUCAUAGCCAUCCCCGACAAGCUAGCACUGAUUUUUACGCCUAAUUCAUCUGUGAUUUCUAUUGUUCGUGAGCUAGCAGUUAUGCUGGCCUCUACCAUUCUCCUGAAUAGCAUUCCUCCAGUUUUUUUAGGCAUAGCAGUUGGAUCAGGUUGGCAAGUAUUGGCAGCAUAUAUAAAUAUUGGAAGCUAUUACUUGAUUGGCUUCCCUCUCGGAAUUUUUCUAGGACGAGUGAUGAACUUUGGAUAUAUGGGAAUCUGGGUUGGAAUGCUUGGUGGGAGUGUGACACAGAUACUGCUUCUGGCCACUGUCACAAACAAAAUUGGAUGGGAAAAGGAGGUUCAGAAAGCUCGUGGCAAACAUUUCUUGACGAAUAAAGUCGUGCAUGACUAGGCAAUUUGAUCUGUGAAUUUGAUGAUUUACAAAGGUAUGAUACACAACACACCAAUCCACCGACUCCCCUUGCGCACAUUGUCGCUAGCGGGGUGGUAAAAUAAUUCAUUUUUCGCUCGUUUUUUCUUAGGAUGAAAAUUGAAGUUCUUGCAAUAGCAGUCAUUCCAUGCACUUAUUUAUCUUUCUAUUUCUUUUCUUUAAUUAAAAUUUUCAAGAUUUUCUAUACGCAUCCACAAAACAUGGGUGCAGAUCAUUUUUGCAAAGACUCGAAAACGGAAACUUGAAUCUAAUUACACUUCUAAUAUAUGUGAAUAGUGUGAUAAAGUGAUAAUUGUAUAAAAAUUAUUUACUGAAAGUGGCAUUAAACACCACGAUGAACCUAUUUGAUUCAAGUAUGAUAAAAGAUUGGAAUGUCGAACAAUUUGAAUUUAAUCCAUACCGUCGUUUUAUUACCUCUAUUGGGUUUACUAUAUUUAGAACCUGUUUUUUUUGGACUUAUUUUCAGUUCAGUGCAGUUAAUUUCAGUUUAAUGCAGUUUCUCUCAGUUAAGUUAGUUUCAGUUCAGUUCAGUUUCUCUCAAUUCAAAAGAACAGGGCCUUAGCCUCGAAUUUGUCUCUUUUUCCUCUAUUGUUUCUCUCCCUUCAUCUCCUUCUUGUCCUUCCAAACUUAUCUUCACUCCCUUUUCUCUCCUGUAAAUGCAAUCCGCUACCUAAUUUUGUUAGGGGUAGCAGUAGCAAUUGCGUUAUUGUGGUCUAUGGAAAUCACCGAUCUUUCAACCCCUUCACGAAAAGAUAAGGCUAAGUCUUACCCUAACAUACACAAAGUUAUUAUCUGAUUAGACCUUAAAUUUCCAUAUUUCCCAAUGAACAGUUUAACAAGAGUCGAACUACUUUACAAGCUAAGCAACAAGGCGUUUGCUACUCUUAACAGAAGUCUGAACAAUAUUGAGUUAAUAUGAGCACAUACACAAAGUAUAUGCAAGAGGCGCUUACAACUAGAUACACAACAAACUCUUCAUCCUUGUCAGAGUAGUCUUCAGUCAUAACUACGUACGGAGUACUUGAUUACACCAUCUUCUAACCUGUAGUUCAUAAGAGCACCCACAAUGGCAAGCUUCAACUACUUAUUGCUUUGUAUGCCACAUCAGAUUUUCAAACUACAACAUUCCUAAACUACAACCUUUUCCAUUGGAAAUCUACAACCACUUGUAGUUUUUGUAUGUCCCACAUGUCAUCACCAUACAACAAUUUUUAAUGUGAAAGAGUAAAGUGAAAGUGGGGUCCACAAAAAAUUGACAAAACAAGUAGCUUUGUGGAGCUACUUGGCUUCACAAAGCAACAAGCUUGUUUUCUCUCCAACAAUAGAGCUAGUAGCUCCAACUUUUGGAAAAUUGCAAGCUAGGACCUAAGAGCAACCAUUGGAGUUGCUCUAAGCAUCCAUAUCACAAGACAGUAGAAUACCCUGCAAUCCAUUACCCGUUUAUGUCAUUUACGGCCCUUUUAGUUAGUGAUCAUUAAUAGUGGUAAUGGUAAUAAAAUUUAAUGUAAAUUUGUAAAGAAGUUCUCAUGUCAAUGACCAUGGGAAUAAAAUUUUAUCACAAUGUAAAUUUGUAAAGAAGUUCUCAUGUCGAUGACCAUGGGAAUAAAAUUUUAUCACAAAACAUAGAUUUUCCUUUAUAAAUUUCCAUUACCACUCAAUACUAUCUUUCCAAGUGGUAAUGGAUAGUAAUGAGAUUUUACGAAGAAAAUGGAUAUCUUGGGAUGGGAUAGCAUUACCAUAGGUAAUAACAUUAGAUUUCUUGUACAGAUUUACACUAUAAUGCAUUACCAUUCCCAUCAUUUAUGGCUCUCAACAGAUAGUUAAUGUCAGAAGAGGCGGUUGCGAGUCUGAAUUCAGAAGUACACUUAAUAUGAGUACAUGACCCCAAGUGGCUGAUCCAGAUUUAACUCACGUGGUUUGAAGUACUUUGAAAAAAUGCCAAAAUAAAACAAUGAAAAUUGUCAAUGCAUUAGCAAUUAUAUAACAUUUAUCUAAGCAUUCAAAAAAUAUAGGUGUAUAAAAGGACAAAUAAAUCCUUUUUCUUUUUUGUAAGAAACAUAAAUCCAAGUAGCUAGAUAUUUGCAAACUUAAAAUUGGAAGGCAAAAAAUUCAAAAGUAAUAUGUAGAAUCACUGUCAGACAUUAGUUUGGUAUCUAAAAACAAUUAAAAGAAGAAAUUUGAUGUGAAUAAUCAACUUUCUGGUUUCAACUUUCAAGCUUUGGGAUGGUUCUCAUAAUAAUAAUCCAAAUAUUUUUCUUUUUUGCCAUUACAUGCAGUGUCACCUACACAUUUUGAGUAUAUUGUACAUAGGAAAUUGAAGAGUUCAUAUUAUUUUGUUAAGAUAGCACUUGAACUUGGGUGUUUUUAAAGUAAUCAAAAACAGAGAUUAUUAUUCAUAUGGGUAAAAAUUGGGGUUAUUUAUAAAAAAGAAAUGAAGUAUAGUAAGUGCUCUAUAAAAUUAAAACUAAAAAAAAAUUAAAAAAUAGAGGUCUAUAUGAAUCAAAAAAGAAAAGGAAAAAAGUAAA